UUUGAAUUUAUACUUAGAGCUUAGCUAGGUGAAUAUGGCAACAAGUGAGGAAUGCUGUAAUGCGGAUGAGUUGGAAGCACCAGCGUGGAUAAACACUGAAUUUUUUCAAAAUGUGCUGGCUCAGCAUCUAAAUGAACCCGAUAUAGAGGUUAAAAAGCUGACAAUAUCUCCAGCGAGUGUGAAGGGCGAUCAUUAUGCCAGCGUCAUGUUCCGGACAACGUUGGAGUACACUACACGGCUGGGGUCUUUCUCGAAGUCGCUUAUUAUAAAGACAUUACCUGAACAGGAGGGUCAUAAAAAGGAACUGCUGGGCGAUUCGCAUAUAUUUGCCACCGAAAUCGCCAUGUAUACAAAAAUACUGCCAAUGUUUGAACAGAUAUUACGUCAAGCCGGCGAUGAGACAACACUCUGUACAUCCUGCAUAUACUACAGCCUAGAGCCGCGCAAUGUGAUGAUCUUUGAAGAUCUGGUUUCCCAGGGAUUUUCCGUUGUACGUGGUAGACCUGCGAACUUGGCUGAGCUAAAGGCAGCUCUGGGAAAACUCGCCAAGUGGCAUGCAGUUAGUUUCAAGCUGCUUAAGGAACAGCCUGAAUUGUUUGAUGAACUCAAAUAUGAUGUGUCGACGUUACCUAACUUCAUGGAGCAAGAGGUUAUGACUAAGUCGUUGCCAAAUUUCAUCCAAAUGCUGGGUGAGGUUGAUGGCUUAGAGCAGUAUCAAAAAUAUUUUGAGCCGCUCCGCGACAAUUUAAACCAACGCUGGCUGAACGUAUUACGUGAAUAUCGUGAAAGCCGUAAGCCAGAUGGUUACUACGUGCUCUGCCAUGGUGACUUUCAUUUGCGAAAUAUGAUGUUUAAGGAUCUGGAAUGCAUGCUACUCGACUUUCAAAUGUCCUAUGUCUCCUCAAUGGCAAAUGAUGUUAUCUACGCCAUAUAUAUGUUAUUCAGUUUUGAACAGCGCCGCGAUAAUUGCGAUGAACUUAUUAACUACUACUUUGAAACCUUGUUGAAAACAUUGACAAAAAUUGGAUAUGAAGGACAUGCACCAUGUCUGGCAACGUUUCGUAAGCAGCUUUUCGAAAAGAGGCACAACAGUAUAUUCUUACUCGUUACAUUCCUACCUUUUAUUACGUACAUGCGCAAUGGUGGCGAUGUAGCAGAUCUGGUGGAGGACACAGAAAAAUCCAAGGACCUAUUAUAUGAAAAGGAGUACAGGAGAGAGCUUGAAUAUCAAUUGCCUCGCAUGGUAGCGCUGGGGUUCUUUGAGGAAGCAUAGCAUAUUGUUAUGGAAAAACGUUUGGUUGUGAAUGAUAAUAAUUUGUUUUUAAUGAAGUCUAAAAUACACUCUUAUAAUUGCUAAUAAUUAUUAAAU